AUGUCCAAGUGGCACAGCGGCAAUCCGCAGCUGUGGUCUGGCUUUCGAUUGCGCAUCUCGCCCCAAGCAUACUUUUUCGAGCCAACAUCCGCCUCUGGCUCAGAAGCCCCCGAGACGCUCAUCAUCGAUCGCAAUGACAGCACCAUCCGUCUCUCCAAGGAGCCGGCUCCCUCGGGCGGUGACAAGACCAUGUCGGUUCACGGCAUUGUCGGUAUCAUCAAGCUGCACCGCUCCGAGUUUGUCGUAGUCAUCACCAGCAAGAAGAAGGUCGCUGAGAUUGCUGGUGCCGAUGUCUUCAUGGCCACCGAGUUCCGUACGCUUCCCCUCGACAAGGAGGCCAACCCUUCGCUGCUCAAGCACCCUGUUGAGAAGACGCUCCUCGGCUUGCUCAAGGCGCACCUCUACAGCGCUCCGUUCUACUUCAGCUACGAGUACGAUCUCACCAGCAGCAUGCAGCGUCAAGCAGGUCUCAAGCACGAUUCGGCUCCCCUCUGGCAACGCACCGACGAGCGCUUCUUCUGGAACCGCUUCUUGAUGCAAAAGUUCAUCCAGACCUCCCAGUCCAGCGGUCAGGAUCUGUCGCGCUUCAUCCUCCCCUGCGUCUUUGGCUUCCUCGAGGUCAAAGAGGUCACCAUCAACAACCACGCCUUCGUCCUCGGUCUCAUCGCUCGUCGAUCGCGUCACCGCGUGGGUACCCGAUACUUCUCUCGAGGUAUCGACCUGGACGGCAACGUGUCCAACUUCAACGAGACCGAGCAAUUCAUUAUCACCAACCCGAAGGGCGGUCAAAAGAUGACAAAGGCCAAUGGCAGCAUUCGCAAGAGCUACGUCCAGACGCGAGGCAGUGUGCCUGUCUUCUGGGCCGAGGUCAACAACCUGCGCUACAAGCCCGAUCUGCAGAUUAUGGAGAAGCCCGAGACCACCGAAGCGACUCGACGCCACUUUGAGGACCAGGUGGACCGAUACGGCGACAACUACCUCGUCAACCUUGUCAACCAGAAGGGCUACGAGAAGCCCGUCAAGGAGGCCUACGAGCGAGCUGUCGAGAAGCUCGGCAACCCUCAGGUGCACUACACCUACUACGACUUCCACCACGAGUGCAAAGGGAUGAAGUUUGAGCGCGUCAUGGAUCUCAUCGAUCGUCUGCAGAAGAUCGGGCUCAAGCACAGCGACUACUUUGCCAUCGAGGACGGCAAGGUGGUGAGCGAGCAGAAGUCGGUGGUGCGAACCAAUUGCAUGGACUGUCUCGACCGCACCAACGUCGUGCAGGGUACCUUGGCACGCUGGAUGCUCAACGAGCAGCUGCGCAAGAUCGGCAUCCUCUCGGACGACGAGCAGGUCGAGACCAAGUCCGAGUUCAUGCACAUCUACCGCAACGUGUGGGCGGAUCAUGCGGAUGUCAUCUCGAAGGCGUACAGUGGCACGGGGGCGCUCAAGACGGACUUUACGCGUACGGGCAAGCGAUCCAAGGAGGGUGCUUUGCAAGACGGUGUCAACUCCAUCACGCGCUACGUCAAGAACAACUACUUUGACGGUGCACGACAGGACGCGUACGACCUCUUCACGGGAGCGUGGGAGCCAUCGAAGGGUCUUCCUCACCCGGAUCAGCGAGCGCUGCUGGUUCGUGCUAUGCCAUGGGUCUUCCUCUUUGCCCUCUUCAUGCUCUUCGCCAGCGUGGUACUGCCUCGUCACACCGCAGCGCAGACCAUCGCCACCGUCGCCGGCACCGACGCGGGUGAUGUCGUCAAGAAAUCCACCCUCUCGUCCCACCUCUACUUCUUCACCCUCUGGCUCGUCGUUGCUGUCGGCAGUCUGCAGUUCAUGGUCUCGAGAGGUUUGGACUAUGUUGCUUGGCCAACACUCAACCGACCGGACGAGACCAUCUUCUAUGAUGGACCUGGCUUCAAGUCCGGUGCCAAGGGCAGGACGGGUGUGAUCAACCCGCUCAAGGGCCAGAGGCAGAACGGCGAGCUCAAGAACGCUGGUAGGAGGGGGGAGGCUUACACGAUUCCUUCCAAGAUCUAA